GACGCUAGUGUCUUACAUGCCGCUAGCCUGGCGCGGCGCGGCCAUUCGAGUCUGGGAGAGUGAGGACCCAGCAGUUUGGUGCAACGUGUUGCUGGUUACCGCUGCUCGCCAGCGCUUAAGUCUCACAAACCAUAGCUGUGGCCAAAAAUGCGCUGUGUCCUCACACUGAUUGAUGCGAGAUUGGUACGUAUUUGUCGUCGAACAGAAUACAGCAAUAUAGGGAUGCCUGCAGUGCAGCUGCUGUAGUGCUGCAGCAGGACGCGUAGCCAUGGUGGAGAACGAGACCCUGCGCACGGUCAUCAGCGGCACCGCCGGCGGCAUCGCUUCGAUCCUCGCUGUGCACCCCCUCGACACGGUCCGCACGCGGCUGCAGGCGGCGCCGGCGGGCGCGUACCGCGGCGCCUGGCACUGCGCGCGCGUCACAGUAAGACGGGAGGGGCCGCUCGCGCUCUACAAGGGCCUCGCCUGGCCCCUCGCGGCCCAGGGGCUCUACAAGGCCGUCAUGUUCGGCGUCUACGGCGCCGCGUCCCGCGCGCUCCGGGGCGGCGACCCGGCGCGGCCGCUCGCGGCGCACGAGGUCUUCGCGGCCGGCGGCGUCGCCGGCGGCGCCAACGCCCUCGUGCUGGCGCCCGUCGAGCUGGUCCGGAACCGCUUCCAGGUCGCGGCGGGGCGGACGACGCUACGCGCCGUCCUGCGCGAGGCGGCGGCGGCGGGCGGCGUCUACCGCGGCCUCGGGGCCACGCUUCUGCGGGACGUGCCGGGCGUCGGCGCCUACUACGCGGCCUUCGAGGCCAUGCGGCGGCGCGCGGUGGCGCUCCGGGGCUCGCCGAAGCUGGAGCUCGCUGCGGUGCAUCAAUCGAAUUGUGCGGCGAUGAAUCGACGCGACGCCCCUGAUUGAUUGGCGCACAGGCUCGCCGAGCUCGCCGUCGCCGGCGCGGGCGGCGGCGUGGCGUUCUGGACCGUGGCGCUGCCGCUGGACUUCGCGAAGACGCGCCUGCAGGUCGGCGCCGAGGCGGGCUCGGCGUCGGUCGCGGGGGUGCUCCUGGACGCGGUGCGCGCGGGCGGGCUCCGGCGGGUAUACGUCGGCUACGCGUCCGCGCUCGCGCGCGGCGUGCCGGGCGCGGCGGUCGUCUUUAGCGUGUACGGGGCCGUCCACGAGCGGCUCGGUGGUGGUUCGUGAAUAAGUUUGUCUUACAUA